AUGAGCCAACAACAAGAAGCGUUGUCGGGCGUGAAUAACACUGCUUCAUCGUCAUCAGCAUCGAAUAAUUUGGUCACCGAUCACACAACAAAUCUAAGCCAACAACAAUCAACAAAUGGAAGUGAUAACAUGAUGAUUGAUACGGAUUCUCUGAUAACGUCAUCUGAAAAACAACUCGUUAAACGUUUAAGACAAUAUGAAACAACUGCAUACAGUAGUGUGGUUAGUGCAUUCCGUGCACAAGGUGAAAUUACUUGGGAAAAGUUAAAAGUUCUUACCCAACUUCAACAAAUGUUACACAUUUCCACGAGUAGACAUUCAACAGAAUUACUUCGUUCUGAAGUGGAUGUUAAAAUUCAACAAGUUGCACAAUCUGGAGUUUAUAAUAUAAUUGAAAGAGAAAUUGAGGAUAAAAAUAAUCAAUUUGACUUUUCUCUUGCAAGUGAAACUGAAAGUGAAAAUGAUAAUUAUGUACAUCAUCGUGUUAAACAUGCAGUACACUCAUCAUCAUCAAAUGUGGAACAUAUUUCAACUCAACAAACUAAAGAAUCAAAGAGAGGCAGUUCUGGAAGAGGAAGAGGACGAGGAAAGAAGAGGUCAUCAUCCACAAUGGUUGCUGAUUCUAUUGCUCACUCACCUAAAGCAACAACUGUUUCAUCUGAUUCGGUAAUUAUUGAAACUCCACCAAAUACUCCAAGUAAAUCCACAACUACUAGCACUGUUGCCACUAGUUCACAAUCACAAAAUGGUACUCCUGCCAAGAAGAAGAGAGGUAGAAAAUCAAAGAAGCAACCAGAACCUACUCCUAUCACUACUCAACCAACAGCUACAAGUGUUGUUGAAUCAUCAGUACCUGCUGUUCAACCAAUUGCAGCAGUUGUUGAACCAGUUCAACAAAUUUCUGAAGAACUUCGCAAACAUCUUGCUUCAACAAGUUUCCUCACAGAUGACGAUAUUAAUCGUGCCAGUAUGGAAGAAAUUGAAUCAAUAGCGGACAGAGAAUCAAAUGAAAUUGAAGAAUUGGAAAAGAAACUUGCUGAUGCUUUGGAUCCAAAUGACACAACUGCCAUUGUAAAAGCAAUCACAAAGAAGAAGGAAACUCUGGAAAAGUUGAUUCAAAAACUCGAAACUGCUGAAGAAUAA